AUGGACGAGAGGAACCAGACAGCGGUCACAGAAUUUCUUCUCCUGGGAUUCGGAAACCUCCAUAACCUCCGGAUUUUACUUUUCAUCCUCUUUCUGAUCAUUCAUGUCAUGGCUUUGUCAGCAAAUGUCCUCGUCAUCGUCUUGGUUGUCCUCAACCCGAGCCUCCACUCCCCCAUGUACUUCUUCCUCUGCCAGUUGUCCCUGUCGGAAAUCCUCUUCACCAGUAACAUUGUGCCCAAUAUGCUGUGGCUGAUACUGGCGGGGGGCGGAAAGAUAUCAGUUGCCCGAUGUAUACUCCAGUUCUAUUUGUUAAGUGUUCCAUCCGUAUCCCAAUGUUUGUUGCUGGCAGCCAUGUCCUUGGAUCGCCAUGUGGCCAUCUGUAGACCAUUACACUAUGCCAUCAUUAUGACCUUCACCCAUCAACUUCAGCUAGUCACCUUCUGCUGGCUGGUGGGAUUCACGUGUUCUCUUGUUGUGUACAUUUUCUUAGACAAAUUACAGUUCUGUGGCCUCAACGUAAUUAAUCAUUUCUUUUGUGAUAUUGCGCCUCUUCUACGACUGUCUUGCUCUGAUACAUCACCAGUGGAACUGGCCGCAGCUAUGGUUUCUUUCCCCGUCAUUUUGUCUCCAUUCGCGUUUAUUGUGGUUACCUACAUCUCCAUCCUUCACACCAUCCUGAAGAUCCCCUCCACCAGUGGCAGACAGAAAACCUUCUCCACCUGCAGCUCCCACUUGUCCAUUGUGUGUAUGUACUAUGGCACGCUGUCAUGCAUUUAUAUAGUCCCACCUCGAGAAAACUCUGUGAAUACAAACAAAGGUCUCUCUUUACUGUACACACUGGGUACACCAUUGUUCAAUCCCCUAAUCUACAGCGUGAGGAGCCAGGACAUCAGAUCUGCCAUUUACAAGUCUGCAAAGACUUUGAUGCAAUGGAGAGCAAUCUAGCACUAUCCACGAAGACAAGGCUUGAAUAAUUGGAGCAUGAAAUUCCAUGUAAUGUUUUAGAAUCAUGAUUACCAUUUCCACCACUGAUCAUUAACAUACAUUGAAACCCAUUGAGGAGGGAGGAGAAAUUACAUCUCAUAGGGAAGGUCUAGACCACAGGUUCUCAAACUCGGUCCUCAGGACUCCAAAUAACUAUUUUUUUCUGGGUCACUUAGCAUUGUUCAUUAGAUAAACUUUUUUCAAUGGUGAGUCCAGUACUUUUUAUGCAGAAGCUUCCUCUUUGGUGAUUGCACAUAAAUUGUCCUCAGUCUAUAGCUGAUCCUCCCCACCCCACACACCAACCUGAUGAUAUCAAGCUUGUGACACACACAUAAGCAGAGGGCCCUCUAUAUGAACUCCUCCCAAGAUCAUGCAUCUGAACAAUUAGGCAACAGAUAGGAAUACUUCAUUAGAGAGUGAAUCUAAACGUUGGUUAGAUACAGGAUAGCAAAAGUAGAGUUGGCACAAGAUACACAACUGAGGCACCACCAAAGCAGGCGAUCAGCAAUGGGAAAGACAUUGAUCAAGUACUCAACCCAAAAUCCAUCCCCACUCUAUGGAUGCCCUCACCAGUGUACCAAAACGGUAGGGUUAUCUCUAUUGAAACCUCCAUUACCCCUACAAAAUUCUAUAAAGGUCCACUUACUUUAGCCAUACAAGGCCUUAAGGUCCAUUUAGAGUGCAUAAUACUAUUCAAAUGUUGUCAAACUAAUAAUUAAGCACUGGCAGAACCUGA